GACUAUAACUUGCACUAGUCACUGCAAGAUUUUGUUUGCUCUGAAAAGUCUUAUUAAUCAUGGCGGAUACCAAUGAACCUGUCAAACCCCAGGAAGAAGGAGAGAAAGCCGGCCCAUCCAAAAAUGAGCUCAAAAAACGCGCAAAAGAAGCUGAAAAGGCAAAGAAAGCCGCAGAGAAGGCUGCUCGUCAAGAGGAGCAGGCCAAAUCGAAGGCCGAAACUGAAGUCGAUUUUGCAGCUCAAUAUUACGGAAAACUUCCUUUGCACCAGUCUCAGUCACGUCCUGGCCGAGCUCGCACCCAAAUCGCUGCACUCUCCGCUGAGAAUGAUGGACAGCGUGUACUUAUUCGCGCCCGCAUACAAACAUCUAGGGCACAGGGUAGCAAGAUGGUCUUCCUUAACCUCCGUCAACGUACCGACACUGUCCAAGCAUUGCUUACCGUCACGCCAGAAAAGGUUAGCAAACAGAUGGUCAAAUGGGCUGCUAGCUUGGCGGAUGAGAGCAUCGUACUAGUUGAAGGAAGCGUAAAGAAAUCGCCUGAAAUUAUCAAGAGCGCGACAGUGGGCGAUGUCGAAAUACAUAUUGACCAACUAUUCCUCAUUUCUGCGAUUGAGGGACGUCUUCCGUUCUCCCUUGAGGAUGCCUCACGGCCAGAGAAUGCAGGAGAGACAGCAGAGACGCAGUUUAAUAAAGUACUCUUGGAGACUCGGUUGAACAACCGCAUAGUCGAUCUGCGUACCACGACUAACCAAGCGGUCUUUAGACUUCAACAUGGUAUUGGUGACCUUUUCCGCGAGUACCUCAAUAAGAACGGUUUUAUUGAGAUCCAUAGUCCAAAACUUCAGGGUGCCGCAACGGAAUCUGGCGCAUCAGUAUUCAAAGUUAGCUACUUCAAAGGCACCGCCUUCCUCGCACAAUCGCCCCAACUUGCCAAGCAGAUGGCCAUUGCGGCUGACUUUGAGCGUGUAUACGAAAUUGGGCCUGUUUUCCGCGCCGAGGAUUCCAAUACACACCGACAUAUGACAGAGUUUAUAGGGCUCGAUCUCGAGAUGGUCAUCGAGGAACACUAUCACGAAGUACGCGAAUUGCUCGACGGCAUGUUGCUGAGUAUCUUCCGUGGUCUAAAGGAGAAGUACUCAAAAGAAAUCGAAGUGGUGGGCAAGCAGUUCCCCGCGGACGAGUUCAAGUGGAGGGAAGGCCCAGAGGGGACACUUACACUAACAUUCAAGGAAGCCGUAGAACUCCUGGUCGAAGAUGGUGUUGACAGAGAGAUAUUGGAUGACAUUAACACCGAAAACGAAAAGAGACUUGGGCGUAUUGUAAAAGCAAAAUAUGAUACCGACUACUUCAUUAUUGACAAAUUCCCGAUGGCCCUUCGUCCAUUUUACACCAUGCCUGACCCUGAAGAUCCUAGCCUCUCUAACUCGUAUGACUUUUUCAUGCGUGGUGAAGAGAUUCUCUCUGGUGCCCAGCGUAUACACGACCCUACUUUCCUCGCAGAGCAGAUGCGGGGCAAGGGAGUCGAUCCCGAGAGUAUGUCGGGCUACCUGGACGGAUUCCGCAUGGGCUGCCCGCCACAUGGCGGAGGUGGCAUAGGGUUAGAGCGAGUUCUGAUGUUGUUCUUGAAACUGAACAACAUCCGUCGUGCGUCGUUGUUCCCAAGGGACCCCAAGCGAUUGGAGCCGUAAGGAUGCUUCUUAGAAGUACUUUAGGUAGUAGUUUGGGCGUCCGUGUUUCCUUUGUUAACAUUGUUACAUUUUGCCACUCGGGUGAUAUGCAGUGAAGCCAAGGCGUAUUGCUACGUUUAGCAUAGUAGAGGCUCGUUUCGUAGUUUUUCUUGUUUAGGUCCGCACAUUUCGAUGUUGUAGCUAUUUCAAGUACUUGAUCAGGAUUUCUGAUACCAUCGG